AUGUGGCGAGCUACCCCAUACAACAAGGUUGUGGUCUUGUCUUCCGAGGCCUUAUUCGCCUCGAAAGGCGGUGCCGUUGAACGGGCUGUUCAAAGAGGGUAUCUGGUGCUGCAAUUGUCCUGCACGACCCCCGCAGCUCGGCGCCAGACAAAGAACGGCGGGAAGAACCACGGACGAUGGUUCUACACAUGCGAGCAACUCCCUCCCAAGAGAUGCGGCUUCUUCCUCUGGGCUGACGACGCCGAACCUCGCGAGAAAGCCGUCGUCCUGUCAAACUCUCAUUCUGAGCUCGAUUCGGACAUCUCUUCCUUUGACACCGUCCCACGAACGCCCACAAAGCCAUCGCCAUAUGCGCAACGAGAAACCAACGGGCUGUUAACACCGCAGACCGAGCGCCGCGCAGAGAGGGGAUCCAACGCCCACUCCAUAUCACCAGGUUUAUUCAAGACGCCGCCACUGAGCGCCAAAGCAAGAAUGAUGCUCGAAGAUUCCGACGAAUUCGGCUGGAAGGAUGACUCCGACGACAACGAAGAACUAGCCAACGUGCUCGGCGCGGCCAGUCAAGCCGAUACAGAGCCAUUCAUCUCUCAACCUGUCUUUUAUCCGGACUUGUCUUCCAACAAGGCACCCCGGACUCCGCGCACGACAUCGCCUGGGAAGCGCAAAUUCUACCAGUCUGAGAUGGAGACUUUCAAACAACCCUCCUUCUCCAAGGAUCAAGAUCCAUCCUCGGGUUUCACUCCGUCCACGUCCACGGGGGCAUCCGCGUUGCCGACACCGGCAUCUACAUCCGCGCACACAUCCCAAUCCACGUCCCAGUCCACGUCCCAAUCCAGGGGCUAUCAACCGCCCUCCUCGGCCGAGCUAUGCAUGACACCUACGCCUGUGCGCCAUCGCGACGUCCUCAGCUCAGAUACACGGCCCGACGAGUCGGAUCUGUCCAAGUCGGCCUGUGCUAUCCUCGACAAGCACGGCGUGGUCCUACCCAACAAUGCAUACGAUGAACUCGUCGAACUCUUGAACCGUCAUGAUCUCAAGAUGAGGGGUGUGAAUCGCGCGAGAGACAUCCUCAGAGUCGCGAUGAAGAAAAAGGACGAUGAGAUUGUGAGGUUGAAGGAACGGAAUACAAACCUCUUGGCGCAGAAUGAGAUGGAUCAGAGUAUUAUCAAUGGGAUGAGGCGUGGGUCGAAAUGA